UCUCAUUUUCAGAUGUGUUUACCAUAGUUUCUUGGUCAUCGAUCCCGUCUCUCACUCCUCCUUUCCCCUCCUUCAACCCUGACCUUCUGUAUCAACACACCCGCUUCCUCUACUCCUCCCGUCCUCCGUCGAAUCAAAUGUGUCCGACGAUGACGUUCCCCCGCUUCUACUCCUCUGUCUGGAAUCCGACAUCGCCCAUCAGGGGAGAAAUUGUGUGUAGAAUAAUGCGGACUGCAAAGAAAUUAGGGCUUCAAACUGUUGAUGUUUAUAGUGACGCUGAUCGGGAUAGUUUGCAUGUCAAAUUUGCUGAUGAAGUCGUUCGUAUUGAUCCUCCACCGGCGAAAUUGAGUUUUUUGCAAGCGAAUUCAAUUAUUGAAGCUGCUAGGAUGAGUGGUGCUCAGGCUGAUAUUCAUCUACAUGAUGGAACACUCGCUAGAGUUGAUGUCCAAAGUGGUGCAUCCACCGGAAUUUAUGAAGCCCUUAAGCUCAAGGAUGGAGGUAAAGACUACACGGGAAAGGGUGUUUCUCAGAUUGAGGUUGCAAUUCCAAGUCUUGCAAAGCCAAUAUUUUUGUUGGAUGCUAACGAGGAUGCAAUAGUUGGAGUUUUGAUGUAAAGUAUGGUUUUUUCCCCUUUUUACUUGAUAUAUCAUGUAAUAGAACUUUUUUACUUUUUUUUUGAAGGAAUCAUGUAAUAGAACUUUGCGAUUAAUGUAUCCAUUGUCAUUGUCUUUCUUGGGCUAA